GUUGACUGACAUCAGUGACAGCUGUUUUGAGUGUGAUUUCAAAUCCAUUUCAUGGAAAAAGGUUUUUUUUUUAUAAAGUUCUCCGAAGAAGUAUUAGUAGCGAAUGUAAUCUCCAAGUGAAUUACUACAGGUUUCGUUUCAUCCUCUUGGAAUUAAACGAGAAUCAUGACCAAGUUACUUCUGAAAACAAACCGGACUCUCUCUACGAUUUUAUCCAAUUAUAAAUAUAGCACAGCUGCAAAAUCAGUUGCUGCAGUACAAAUAAAGGGCAAGGAGUUCAUAUCAGACGAUUAUACUAAUGUAACACCUAAAAUUCUAUCGUACUUGGGCAAGAAUUUGCACUUGCAAAAAAAUAACCCUCUGUCUAUUGUCAGGCAAAGGAUUGUGAAUUAUUUUUACUCAUCCUUUACACAUAGAGGUCAUCCGUCGUUCAGUAUUUACGAUAACUUGUCGCCUAUAGUUACGACGAAACAGAACUUCGAUGAUUUGCUGAUUCCCUCUGACCACCCGAGCAGGGUGAAGUCUGAUUGUUAUUAUAUAAACAGAGAGACUCUAUUGAGGGCACAUAUGACCGCGCACCAGAGCGAACUGCUGAGGUCUGGUUUGGACAAUUUCCUGAUGAUAGGAGAUGUUUAUAGAAGAGAUGAAAUUGAUUCUACACACUUUCCUGUUUUCCACCAAGUUGAUGCAGUACGGUCACAACGCAAAGAGCAAUUAUUUCCUGGAAAGCCUGACUUAGAAAUAUUUGAACCAUCAUUUGAUGUCAAGAACCCACAUAUGUUUAUCAACUCUAUAGAUGACCCAAUGAAGCAAAGUUGCCAUACUCUUGAAGCUACGAAACUAAUGGAAACUCAGUUGAAAUCACAUCUGAUUGGUUUGACUAAAGUGUUAUUCGGUGACAGCAUAAAGUACCGAUGGGUGGACGCAUACUUCCCUUUUACUCACCCAUCCUGGGAGCUAGAAAUAUAUUAUGAAAACAAAUGGAUGGAAGUCCUAGGCUGUGGUAUUGUUCGGAACGAGAUUCUUGUAAACGCAGGGCCAUCAAACACUAUUGCAUACGCGUUUGGUCUUGGAUUAGAGAGGCUUGCGAUGGCAUUGUAUAAAAUUCCCGAUAUUCGGUUAAUGUGGAGUACCGACUCUGGGUUUUUAACACAAUUCGAGAAUAUUGACUUGAAUGCUAGUGUUACAUAUAAGCCUGUAUCAUCGUACCCUCAAUGUACGAAUGACAUGUCAUUUUGGCUGCCUCCCAACUUGACAGUAGACACAUUCAUGAGCAAUGAUUUCUAUGAUCUUGUCAGAGAUGUUGGUGGUGAUAUUAUUGAACAGGUGAAGCUGAAGGACAAAUUUGUUCAUCCAAAGUCAAAGAGGCACAGUCUAUGUUACAGCAUAAUUUACAGACACCUGGAGCGAACACUCACUCAGGCGGAGGUCAAUCAAAUACACAAGGAGAUUGAGAAAGCUGUGGUCGACGCCUUCGGGGUAGCCAUUAGAUAAAUAUAAUUUAUUAUUUAAAUAUAGAUGUUGUCGUUGCA